AUGAGUUCUUCUGCAAUUAAAAUAUUGAGGAACGUUCUGAUCCUCCUCGUAGUGUAUGCUCUGUCCAACGACUUUGUACCGUUCUCCACUGCACAGCUUAGUAGAAAAUCGAGCAGGAUGAAUGUUUCGCAUAGUAUGCGGAUUACCAACAUACAGUGCGUUAAGACGCCGUACAGGAAUACACAGUUGCACUAUUGCAGGAUGGAACAGUACCCAAACGGUACGACAGGUUUGAAUGUUUCUGCCACUGUUCCUGUAGUGGUCAAUUAUGCAACGGUUGCUGUGAAGGCAUUCUACAAGUACACCACCUACCAACCGUUCAUGAUCGACUGGUGUAUGGAGUAUUGUCAUGCGGCACGCAAUCGAAACUUCAAUCCAAGCACUGCCAUUAUCAUGAAAGUCAUUGAAGGAAGUCUUCCACAGUACAGCUAUCCCUGUCCGCAUGGGAAGCAAACGUAUAACGCCUUUUGGAUGUUAGAAAAUCGAUAUCUUCUACAAUCAUUACCAUCUGGGAACUAUCGGCUAGACAUUGAUAUCAAAGAUUCAGAGGAUGGAUAUCUAUUUGCAAUGCAACUUUUCGGUGUCAUUCGUAGACAAGGCAUUGUGGGAUAA